AUGUCAGUCAACAACAAUAAUAACAGCAACAACAGCAGCUCGGGUAAUAGCAACUCUAGAUCCGUCUCGAGUAGCAAGAACAGAACCGAGAGCAGCUGCGAAGUCAGCGGCACCUUUUGCGAACGCAACUUUUUGACUCCGGCCGGAGGAGCAGCAGUAGAUGUUACUGCACUACCAAAGGCCAGGGAUAGUGCGACGAUUAGGGAAGCUGGCACUAGAGCUCUCAAACUUACCUUCGCUGCCUCGAGCUGCAGUCAUCUUGGAGAUGAGCCGAGCACACAAUGUAGUUUGAGGAAUCCGAACCUCCUGCAAACAAUUACGGAAGACGAAAACCUACAAUUUCUUUGUCAACAUCAACAAAAGCAAUUGAGCCAAAGGCGCAAUGAUUACGCCGACCGACCGUCAGCCGCUGAUAAAUCCAGCCCAUCAUUUUCAGCGCCGCCAACGUCACAUCGCCAAUCAGCAGAGGCUCAACUGCACCUCGAUGUUAACGUCAGCACUGUCUUACUAUCUUACGAAGCGUUUUACUUUUGGCGACUGCCUUCUCUGGCCGUCAUCAUCGCACCUUCCAGUGAUCGAUUUACGACUCUUGAGUUUCCUGCAAUCUCGUCAAAUCCACCACUGGGAGACAAGCCCAGGCCAUUAGCUUGUGUUUUCAAGCCACGACAUCGAAACCAUUUCUCACCCCUUUGCCUCUAA